UUAUAUCCCAAGUUAACGUGAUUUUCCGUUUGAUGAUAAAAUUACCUUGAGCGUCUUCUUUCCCGCAAUGGAGAUUCAAAAACCUGUGCCAAGCGCUGGCAGGCGAAGCUUUGCACCUGGCGACCUGAUUGUAGCUUGUGAUCCCUUGGUGUGGGCCCUGGAGCGGAGCGCCUAUAAAACGCGCUGUGCGUUUUGUUUGGAGGAGAGCUCGGAACUGCGAGCUUGUUCCGGAUGUCAACUGCACCGCUACUGUAAUUCCACCUGCCAGGCCGCUGACUGGAAAGUGGAGCAUAAACUGGAAUGCGCCAUGCUGAAGAAAAUUAGCAGCCAAUCGCACAAGGAGCUGACGGGGAUCUUGGCGCUUCUUCCUGAGGCAGGAUCGUGUCUCUUUCCCAUAAUCAUGGAUAUGAUCGCCAAGUUGGUUAAUAAAAUUAAGUUAAACACGACGACGGACGUUCCGGGACUGGGCCCGAAAUCAGCCAGCGAUCUUUUGCUCCUGCUGCCGGCAAAUCCCGCGCACGCGGCAGCCGAACGGAUAAUGUUACCAACAAUGUCCUUUAGUGGGGCCGAAAAUGCCACGGUACUCGACCUGCCGGUAAUGGACUUUCUGAAGUACUUCGGAAUCCUCCACUACAACUUUAUGCCGAUAUGUGAUGUGCUGGAUGACAGUGCCUGCAUCGGAUUGGCGGUGUAUCCGCAGGCAUCGCGGCGCCAGAUGACGCCGGUGUGCUUGGACAUCAAUGUGGCGCUGAACUGCCGCGGACGACAGCUGGUUGUACAUGCUGUGGAAAGCAUUCAGGAAUAUACCGGACUGCAUGAUCUGCGAUACACCGCCGUCCAGGAACCGUUCAACCUAACCAGAACGGAGCGUCGCGCUGAUUUUCAGAAGUAUCAUGGUUAUCCGUGUACAUGCCGCAAAUGCACGGAGGAAUAUGAUGCUGACAUUAAUCCACUGAAAUGUGUGACGAUGGGUUGCACGAACCGCAUUCCCAGCGACAGUCGGGCACGUGCUGCGUGUUCGGAAUGCGGCGCCCUCAACGGUGACCGGUUGGCGCAAUUUCGGCGCUUCAUGCAGCAGCUGGACACAAUUAUCCGCCACCCACGGGAGCAUAACCAGGCCAGGAUCACGGAACUGUGCGAGAAAAUGGAGGCUGCCGGUAUCCUGCAAUCGGGUGCGCAUAUCCGUUACGUGUAUGGAUGGAAAUUAUGGGAGAAAUACUUGGAGGAAGGGCGAUGUGAAGAGGGCUGUCGGCUGAUGGAUGAGCUGGUUGAGUGUAUGCGAAACGUUUAUCCGCAGUACGAAGUCAUUCGCGCUAUUCUCCUGAUAACUGCAGGAACGGCGGCCGUUUCCGCUCUGGAUAAACGAGUGCUGAAAGGGAUGCAACCGCUUUCGGAACCGGCGAAAAGCAAACUUGAAGCGUUAGCGGCAUACAUGGGCGGUCGGAUUCUUGGUUAUUGUAAGGAAGCCUAUGACAUCUUGCUUGUGCUGUUUGGUAAGCAGUCGAAGGAGGUUCGGACCAGCAUUACUGUACUGAAGGGAGUGUCUGCGCAGUUAUACCGUAUUGAACAGGCUUUUCACGGCCGCAAGUAA